CAUCCAGUUCUUCUCCUCCUCCUCCUCCUCCUCCUUGCAAUUGCUGGAGAACCAGGAACUUAGUGAAUGUGAGUCCUGGAUCCUUUCUACUACAGUCACUUUUUAAGGUUUUCAAAAUUUUUGGGAUCCAAGCGCCAGGUGGAACCACACGAGCUGUUCUAGGAUGUUUUCAAGGCAACAUAUAAAGCUGCUGUUAAUUGGGAAUGCAGGGGUGGGGAAAUCCGCUCUGAUGAACCAGUUUGUCAAUAAUCGCUUCACCAACUACUACAGAGCGACCAUAGGAGCCGACUUCUUCACUAAAGAGCUGCGGGUAGAUGAAAAGCUGGUCACAGUACAGAUCUGGGAUACAGCAGGCACGGAACGGUUCCAGUCCUUGGGUGCUGCUCUGUACAGGGGUACGGACUGUUGCUUGCUAGUUUUUGAUGUUACGUCCCCAAACUCUCUCAAUGCUCUGGAUACCUGGCAUAAGGAAUUCCUGGUACAAGCCGACCCUCCGUCUCCAGAAGAGUUUCCUUUUGUGGUCAUUGCAAACAAGGCUGACCUAGAGGAACGUCAGGUAUCUCCACGUCAGGCACAGGAUUGGUGUAAAGCAUGUAAUGCUGAGUACUAUGAAACCAGUGCCAAAGAAGCCACAAACAUAGAGGAGGCGUUCCUGGGAGCAAUCAAACUUGCCUUGAAAAAUCAUAACCUACCGGGACAGACGGCCAACAGCGAAUCUGUGAAUCUAUUGGAAAAACAGGACAAAAAGCACAAAAAGAAGUGUGAAUGUUAAUUUCCGACCUACUCUACUGGACUCCAGGACUUGAUUUAGUCUCCUGUAUGAAGCACAAGGGACUAUAUCAGGCCGGUUCACAGGGAGCGCGCACUCUGACCUCUGGAUAACAAUAGAGAAGCCUUUCACCUACAAUGCGGGGUCAAGCAAUGUAUGGAAUGCGCUUUGUGUUCUACAACCUAUUGGACAAAUAACUUAUUUCUUUAUGCCCGAAUCCGCCCUCCUUAAUUUAAUAUUUUACAAAUUGUUUAUUAAACGUUCCUGAUACAAUGCCAAGUAUUGAAGUCGGGAUGAAGCUUUCUUUGACCUCUGCACCAAAAAGCCAGAAGAGAACACUACAAUAUAGGUGAAUUAUUUUUUAGAAAACCU